CAUAUGACGAGGAUGUCGCAACAGCUAUCUCUAUAAAAAUGAAUGUCGGCCUUAGCAAUAAGAAACAGAUUAAAAAAACAGUCUUAAAUAAACCGGAAAAGGAAAAUAAGCCAAUGACAGGAAACAAUAACAAUAUUGGUAAAACAGAAAAAAUUGUAAAACGAGUCGUAGGAAAUGUUACCAAAAAGGAAAAUAAAGGAUUAAGUGAUACUAAAAACAUUGUGCACAUUCCCUCGAAUGAAAAUAAUCGUUUUGGUGGAGUAGAUUUUGGCAACGAUAUUCCCCAACGUCAAUUUAAGGAUCGUGAUAAUAGAGGACCACAACGUUUCCGUACCGGAGAAAAAUAUGCAAAGCGUGAAUUUGAUCGUCAGUCAGGAUCCGGCAAAACCGGUAUAAAGUCAGUGGAUAAGCGCGAGGGUGCUGGUGCUCAUAAUUGGGGAUCUCCAAAACAAGACAUUGAGGAGAUUAAAACGGGCAACUUGCCACUGCUUGAAGACAAAGACGACUCUGGCACUGAACAAUUGGCCGACCCUGUAAACACUCUGGAGGCGGAUGAGUUAAAGCAAAUGACGCUUGAUGAAUGGAAAGCCUUAAGAGACAAACGUGUCAAGCCUAAUUUUAAUUUACGAAAGGCUGGGGAAGGCGCUGAUAACUCUGAAUGGAAAAAUAUGAUUAUUUUAAGCAAGAAAAGGGAAAUAAACAGUGAAGAUAAUUUUGAAUACGACCCAUCGAUGUAUCCUCAACGAGUCGGCCGUCUUCAGCACGUUGUUGAUAUUAAAUAUAAUUUUAAAGAUGCACGCAGAGUGGACUUCCGUGGCCCACAACGCGGAGCCUCUCGACCUGUAUCCGCUUCUGGCAAUGGCUUUGAAAGGGUUGGAACAAAUAAAGUUGGAGAAAAACGUCGUCCUGGUCAAAAACCUUUGAAAGUUGACGAUGAGAUUGAAUUUCCUAAUCUGUCUUAAAAUAAAUCCCGAGAAGAUAAAUUUUCAACAAUGCACCAAAAACAACAGUUGGGCAUCUACGGAUAAUGAAUAACCUUUAGACUAUCAGGCGAUAUCUUUGAAGUUUUAUACCCGACAUCCACGCUUAUUCGUAUUCCUUAGUUUAAACCACAUAUUUUUACAAUUUCGAUUUUUUUUUUACUCAUUUAAAUGAACUAUUGAGAAUAGUUAAAAUUUUUGAAAUA